AUGUCGUCAGCUGCGCGGGUUACAGGCGAGGCCUUUGGCAGUUUUCCAAGGCACGGGGGGCGCGAGGUGCCCUUCCCAGCCAAGAGCUUUCGUUACUCCGCCGCAAAACCGUCGCGAGGCAAUUUCCUUGCUCGGUCAUCCGAUCCUCCCGCGCAUCCUCCUCUUUUGCGAUGUGCAGACGUACUGAGGAGGAAAGUGAAACCUGAUUCCUCUGCAUAUCGGCUUCCGCCGGAGACCGGGCGUUUCCCCUCCUCUGCCCCGUUCGCGUUCGAGUCACAGACGCGAGCUCUGCAACUGGUGCCGCUCACCCUGCCACGGUGCCGGCGCCUUUCUUCUCUAGGAAACGUAGAAGACACGCCCCUGUCUCGGCUGCCUCGUUCUUGGUCGUUAAGGUCUUUCUGCGCGAUGGAUGGCAAUGGCUCCACAAGUUCGUCUUGCCUGCGUUUGCCCCUGGCUUCUUCUCGCUCCGCUCCUCGGCUCGCGCUUUCGUCUUUCUCCUCGUCAUCGAUAUCUGCACCAACGGGUCGGCGCGAGUCAACGUUGUCUCGCGUCUGUUUUUCGGCCGCCCGUGCUGCGCCCAGCUCCAGUGUGUGCGCCUUCCGACACUCGAGCGGGUCUAGUCGCUUGUUCUCGCACGCGACACCCGGGUCCUCGUUGGGAGGUUCGGUACCAUGUGUUUCUGCGUUUCUCGGCGAAAUGCGCGAGGGAGCUCUGGACCUUUUCGUCCCCGGUGGCGGAUCGUCGUGGAUGCAAGUCCGUUGGAAGAAGAAGCGAGGCAAGAAGGAGAAGGUUGUUCUGACCGCAGAGCAAAUUGCAACGAAAACAAAGGCGCCUCUUAUUCGUCUUGAGGACCGCAUCACCCCGGAGCCGCCGGCCAGCCUCGCGAGGAAUAUUCGUUCCCAAAUUUCGCGCGCAGUUGCUGGAUGGAAGACAAAGCGCAUGUUCACGUAUCGCAACAAGUAUCGGUUUCGCCGGCUUGUCGGCAUGACGCACGACGUGGACAGCGACGAUGAGUUCGCGCACGAAAGCGCAGCAAAAGGCGAGAAGCGGUCCCAAGGCCAGUCUGACGGUGCAGACGGAGACCGCACGUCCGGGGGACGGCAGAAAGGAUCCCGCUUCGUCGGCCGAACGUUUGUGACGCCGCUCACCAAACUGCAGCACCAAGCUGUUCUCCCUCGUUCACCCUUGCAUGCGCGGUUCGAUUUCCCUCACACGCUUCACUAUGAUGUUUUCUGGGGUCCUCCGCAAGUAGAAGAGGAGCCAAAUAAGACAGCAUGUUGCGUGUCUUUCCGCGUGGCUGAUCUCAAGCUUUCCGCCAGGCAAGAGCAGCGGCUCCUCGAUAUCUUGGGUCCGGAGCGCUACGACGAACAGACUGGCAUUGCCUGUCUGGAAGCGGAUGCCUUUCCGCAGCUCAAUCACAACGCGGCAUACUUAGGGGAUUUGCUUCAGCAACUUAUGCGAGAGGUGAAGAAAGCAUGA